AUGCAUCGUUCAAGUGAUUCAAUUGACGAGUCAAGUCGUUUAAAACAAUUUGCUUGGGAACAAUGGGAUGAUCAAGUAAUUGCAGUUAUUUUUCGACCGGGCAGUUAUGGUCUUGAUCGUUAUGUAGUCAAACGCUAUGCUGAACAAGUUUUAUGUCAAUCUCAACGAUGGAAACAACUUUCAUUGUAUUUUUCAAGUAUUUCACCAUCAAUUCGU